AUGAUGGUUACGAGUGAUAUUGAUUUUGAGAAUCUUGCUAAUAUGUUUUUGUCUCGAUAUAAGGAUUGGGUUGUUGAUCAGGUUAAGGAUUCUAGUGAUACUGCCAGAUUUCAAAGGUUAUUACGAGAUAAUAAUUUUGCUAAAGAGCUAUGUGGAUUAAGCAAUCGAUUGUGUUAUGUGUAUGAGAAUCCUGAAUGGCAUUCUUCCGUUUUGGAGACUUUGGAUUUGGACGUUAUUUAUGGGAAUGUCGAUUCUCAAGUUAAGUCCGAUUCUGAUAAAGAGUAUACUGAUAUUUUGGUUAAAGAGUUAUUAAGAUACUUCAAACAAGACUUCUUCAAAUGGGUUAAUCAACCAGAUUGCCAACGAUGUGGAUCUGAUGUUGUACAAAGUCAAUCUGCAAUAGGGAUUCAAGGUCCUACUCCAGAGGAGAGGCGUUUUGAAUGUGGAAGUGUAGAGGUUUAUAAGUGUAACAAUUGUGGAAAUAUUACUAGAUUCCCAAGAUACAAUAAUCCUAUCAAGUUGUUAGAGACAAGACAAGGAAGAUGCGGUGAAUUUGCAAAUUUGUUUACAUUGAUUUUGAAAUCUUUUGGCUUAGAGACAAGAUACAUUUGGAAUAAAGAAGACCAUGUGUGGUGUGAAUAUUACUCAACUAACCUUAACAGAUGGGUCCACGUUGACCCCAGCGAACAAUCGUUCGACCAACCUUAUAUAUACUCCAUUAACUGGAACAAGAAAAUGAGCUAUUGUGUGGCAUUUAAUAAUGAAGGUGUCACUGAUGUCAGCAAAAGAUACAUUUUGCAAAAUGAAUUACCAAGAGAUAAAGUUAGUGAAACUGAAUUAUAUUUCUUAUGUCAAUCAUUAACAAAGAAGCAACGAGCUGAUCUAUCGCCAAAUCAAAUAUAUGAUCUUGAAAUGAGAGAUGAAAGAGAACGAAUUUCCUGGAUUGAAAACGUUAAAAAGGAAGAAGAACCUUCUGAAACUGAAAAGCAAGGUAGGGUCAGUGGCUCUGCCGAGUGGAAAGCACAAAGAGGUGAAAAUGGAAAAUGA